AUGUGUCGAAAGCACGGAUUCACGCAGUACAGAGAGCAGGGCAGCCGCAAACGCAAGGUGUAUGACAUGUUCCUCAUCUCGACCGAGUUGGAUUGGCUGGAGAUCAGACUGAACACGCUGGCACCUUAUGUGGACUACUUUAUCAUUGUCGAAUCGCCGACGACCUUUACCGGAAUGCACAAACCGCUGCAUCUGGAGCAGAAUUGGAAGAACUUUACGAAAUUCCACGACCAGAUCUUUCACACGGUUGUGAAGGACCCGGGUCCGAGUCUUGGCUACAGCACUUGGACUCAUGAGGACUUCAUGCGUGAUUCCUUGUAUUUCAGCGCGUUUGCAGCGUUGACCGGCAAGAAGGAGGCUCGAGAGGGCGAUGUGAUUAUAGUCAGCGAUGUCGACGAGAUCCCGAAGCCGGAGACCUUGAUUGCACUGCGAAACUGCGACAUCCCGGACCGAGUGACUUUGAGGAGUCACUUUUAUUACUACUCUUUUCAAUGGCUCCAUGUUGGACAGCAAUGGCCACACCCGCAGGCUACCGUCUUCAAGACGCUCUCCACGACGAUAAAGCCCUCUCAUCUCCGGGCGGGAAUUGGAGGAAUCCAAACCAGCAUUCCAUUUUUGGGCGCAAUCCGAAGAUGGCGAGAAAAGGCCGACAUGUGGGACGCCGCAUGGCAUUGCUCUUCUGGCUUUGCGACUUUGAGGGAGGUCAUCACGAAGAUGAACAGCUUCUCCCACACGCCGUUGAAUACUCCAGAGAACCGUGACCGGGAGAAUAUCAAGGACCGAGUGCGGAAUGGCAAGGAUUUGUACGGCAGGCGAGGAGAGAGAUAUCAGCGGGUUGACAACAACCACGAUGUGCCGCAGUAUGUGUUGGAGAAUCGUCAAAAGUACGGCUAUCUCCUUGACCGCGAUGGCAAGACUGCUGGCUUUGAGGAUUGGAACGUCACCGAGGAGGACGAGAAGGCUGCGAUGGAGGCCAGGAGGAAGGCUAGGCAGGAAGAGAAUUUGAAAAUCCAGCAGGCAUUCCAGAAAGCAGAGGAGAUUGCGGCGAAGAAGGCGGCCGCUGAAAGGGCCAAGCAGGGCGCGUGCUACGGCCGCAGUGCGGGACUUUUCUCCACAGAAGUCGGUAGAAGUCCUCUCGCGAAUCUUCCGGAGAAUUCCCGAGCGACAUAUCGACCUCCCGCCGAAGUCCGCCAGCAUGAAUACAACCUCCCUCGUCCUCAACGGCCGUACAACAACCGACGUACCUCUAUCCUCCACACAAGAACGACGAAGCUCUAUUCUACGCAGCUUUUCGAAUCCCAUGCUUCCUUCCCUCUCAGCACUCAAUGCCGUCAAUCUGGCGAAGCUCGGAUCGGCGCCGUCUUCUCCAACGUUUUCCGGCGCAUCCACACCUCGUCGUCCGGGCAGUGCGCGGUCCAAUUCGAGCGGCUGGUAUACACCCAAUGAGAAUAAUCUGACGCUGGAGGAUCUUGCAAAUCGACUGAAAACGAGGUCCAAGAGGUUGGAGAUAUGGCAAGGACGAUGCGCGCAGAAUAUCGUCAUGGCGUUGUUGAGGCCAACGCCGCUGGUGCUGUUCUUAUUCAAUCCGGU